AUGACAGCCAUGAUCAUCGUCGGUUGGCCUGCUUCUCGGCUGAUCCCGCCUGUUAAGCCCGCCUUCGUUCGAGGCAUCUAUGAACGCCGAAGAGCUGAUCGGCGCAUAUUUCGUCGUGCCGCCUUUGAUCGAGCGGAAGCUGACCAGUGCACCAGGAGCACCGAGACGAUGGAGGACAUGAGGUGCCAGGCGAGUUGCUCGUGCAGCAUCAGGAGUUUUCUCGAUAACCUGAGACCGGCAUGCAGUGUGUCCCAGCAGUUCCAGGAUUUCCAGAGCGGCUGCUUUGGAGCCGAGUGGGCCGUUUUUGACAAGCUCGUUGAAGACAUUUGCGAUUGCUACAGACAAAAACACGAGAGAAAAGAGGCGAUGACAAUCGCGACAGGUGCCUGUGGAAGUCAGCUUACACGUAGUUUGGAAGAAAUGUUCAGUCCAGUGGUCCCUGCAAGCAACAAGCGCCCAGUUCAAGAGCGCCUGCUUGUGACUUCAACGCAGUACUUCAAUGACGUCUCCGGUGCCCGGCCGCGUGUCCCUCUACGCUGGACACCGCUGGUCACCUCCGAGAAAGCACUCGACUGCGUCAUUGAAAAUACUUCCGAGCCGGUGGCCAGCGUUUUCCAAGGUGCCCUGCUGCUGGACUCACUAUGUAUUAAGGCGUCGAACCGGUACUCGGUGGUCCUGCUUAUUCCGCGUGUGUUGACGGAGGCGGUUCUGCUGCCGCGCUUCUCCUACCCGUUGACCUCCGACCCGACACAGAUGCAGCGAGAGCCAUGUAAGCGCAAGCCGCUCCAGUUCGUCCAGUGUCCCGAAGACGUCGAUUAUUGUGGCUACUUGUCGCGCUCUUCUGGCACCGCACUCAGUGCGACGGAGGAGCAGGAGGCACAGAACCGUCGUCGGAUGUUGCGGACUAUAGAUCACCCUCUCUCCGGGCAGAUGAGCCGGAAGAUCCUCGAGACGAUGGCCUUUGCUGAGUCCUGCAUUGAGCUGCUUUUCUUCAGCGACAUCAGCCGGGAGGAUCCCGAGCAUCCUCACCUGCUCAUCGAAUAGACGACGCUGCCGAGGCGAACGACAUCGAAGACGGCCUCAAGGCCCGCCGUCUUGUCGCCACGGAUCCACGACGGAAGGGCGGUGUGCACAGUCACCUGACGCGGAAUGCUCACCAGGGCCAGCUUAAAUUGCUAAAUCACAAAAACACUGUCGAAAGAAUCGGAGCGAAAGGCAUGGGGCGUUGAGUGGGCCUAGAAACAUGGACGCCUUACGGAAAAUAGCUCAAAUGCGUGCAGUUUCAGAAGCUUCAAUCGAAAGGCUGGCCGAAGUGCGCGUGGUACUGUGCGCAAGCCUUUCAUGCAUUCUGUACAUGAUAUAUUAGUGCGGU